GUAUUUUAAAGUAUAUUGCUAUUCAAUCAUGGUUGUCUAUUUAAUCAAAGCCAGCACCAUGCAUUGUAGUCCAUUUAAAGUGUGUGCUUUACAAUCAUGGCUUAUCACAAGAAUUUCUUCAAAAUCACUAUCAUCUGUUUCUUGCUUAGCCCAUACAUCAACACCUUGGAAAACAGCUAGAUCAUACCCAUCUGAAUUUAGUAGACCAUGUCCAACAAGAAUUCAUUUAAAAAAUACAAAUUCAUGUUUGUUUUCUGCGUCUGCUCAUUCUCAACAUUCAUCUGCAACUAUCGAUCCGCAAUUUAUUAGAAAUCUUGGAAUCAUUGCACAUAUCGAUGCAGGGAAAACUACGACUACAGAACGGAUGCUGUAUUAUGUUGGCUAUACAAAACGACUAGGCAACGUGGAUGAGGGAUCAACCGUCACAGACUACCUUAAAACAGAAAAGGAGCGAGGUAUUACGAUCCAGUCAGCAUGCAUUCCUCUUGCAUGGAAAAAUCACAGACUCAACCUUAUCGACACGCCUGGACAUGUCGAUUUCACAAUAGAGGUGGAACGCAGUUUACGAGUUCUCGAUGGUGCUGUAUGUGUAUUGGAUGGUGUAGCAGGUGUGGAAGCUCAAACCGAAACGGUCUGGGCACAAUCCAAUCGAUACAGCAUUCCGCGAAUUGCUUUUGUAAACAAGCUUGAUCGGGAUGGUGCAUCAUUCAAAAAUACCGUUCAUGCAAUGUCAAAACGACUUGGAGGCUGGGGAAAGCCUGCUAUUAUUCAGCUCCCAAUAUUUCGAAAUGGACACGGUGUGCUUGUUACAGAUAGCCAUGGCGGUGGAAAGUUAGAGGGUAUUGUGGAUCUACUAACGAUGGAGCGAUUAGAUUGGUUUAAAGAUCCCAGUUCUGGUGGAGUAGUGACCCGAUCGCAGUUGACUCUUGGCGAAAAAGAAUGGGCAUUGGUAUACGAGGACGCUGUUAAAUAUCGCAACAUGCUGAUUGAAACACUGUCGGAAAUGGACGAUGGCAUUGUAAAUGUAUUUCUCGAGUGCGAUGGUGAUCAUGCUCAAGUUCCUGCAAAAGAAAUUCAAAAUGCAUGCAGGCGUGCUACUAUUUCUGGCCAAGCCGUGCCUGUUCUUUGUGGAGCUUCCUUUAGAAACAUUGGUGUUCAGCCCAUUUUAGAUGCAAUAGUCAACUAUCUGCCGUCCCCUAUGGAUGCGCCUUCAGCUAUAGCAACCCUUUCUAAUGGAUCACAACAGCACAUUCUACUCAAAGACCCAAACAUGACAGCCCUUGCAUUUAAAGUAGUGCACGACUCCAGCCGUGGUCCAUUAGUCUAUGUUCGUGUAUAUUCCGGCACGCUUGAAUCUCGCUCCAUUCUCCAUAUUGCUGGCUCAUCCACAGGUAUAGGUCGAGAUUGCAAACCCAUCAAAGAGCGAGCAACAAAGCUUCUUGAGCUCUAUGCAGACGAUUACGAUGAAAUUCCUUUGAUUUCUGCAGGAAAUAUUGGCGCAAUUGUUGGACUCAAACAUGUAAAGACUGGAGAUACGUUGCUGGCGUCAACUGACAAAAGAGCGAUCCAGCUGCAUUCUAUUCCCAUCCCACCACCAGUUUUUGUCCGAUCAUGUGAGGCGGAGAGUAUCUCGAGCGAGAAAGCCAUGGCUGCUGCAUUGGAGAGUCUAUGCAGAGAAGAUCCUUCACUGACUGUCACUGUCAAUGAUGAAACGGGACAAACUCUUUUAAGUGGUAUGGGCGAGCUGCAUUUAGAAAUUGCUGGCGAACGCUUACAAGAAGUGUACAAUGUCAAGUGUAAUUUAGGAAAAGUCGAGAUUAGCUACAGGGAAACGCUACAGGCUGGACAAACGUAUUCGCACGAAAUGGUAUAUGAUUCACAAGUGUUUGGAAAGCAUUUCAAAUGCACUGUCGAGCUUGAAAUGGAGUCUAUAGACAAUACAGAUGCGGGUGAAUCUAUAUCUUUAGCAACCGAUGGCAUUAUUGUUGAUGCCCGAUUAAAGGAACAUCAAAUAACGCUGGCCGAAGAUGGACGCCAAUUGACUGCAUUUGCACCUCUUUCUGAACUAUCAGAGGCUGCUGAAAUGGGGAUCCGUGGAGCACUUAGUCGUGGUCCAAUACUGGGACUUCCUGUAUCUCAAGUAUCUGUCAGGGUUAAGCAAGUGAGUUUGUUCAACCCAGAGAUCUCUACACCUAGCAGUGUGCGCACUGCUGCAUACAACUGCGUUCGAGCCAUUUUUCAAACUGCCGAUAAGCGUAUAAUUGAGCCCGUUAUGGAUCUCAGCGUCCGUGUUGCAAAUCAAUAUGUUGGUUCUAUUACCAAAGAUUUGACUGGAACACGAAAGGGUCAAGUUCUUGGAGUGAAUGCAAUGGAUCUUGAUGGUGCAGAUAGCAAUAAUAGCUCAGAAAAACAUGUCAUUCAUGCUCGUGUACCUCUUGCAGGGCUGGUUGGGUAUUCGUCACAGCUACGUGCAUUAACGGCAGGUACGGGUGAAUUCCUGAUGGCACUGCAUGGCUAUGAGCCCAUGAGCCAUGAUAAGGAAGAACUGCUGAUUCGCACUAUGCGGGGGUAUUAAUCUGAUCAUUUGGCUUGAUACUUUGUCACAUUCACUCAAAACACACCACCAAAUAAGGGUUAAAAUGCAUAAUAAACCGCCAUUCCCAUGC